AUGUCUUUCUUUGGGUUCGACACCUCUCUCCCCAGGGACAAGCCUGAGGGCGCAGGCAAGGGCAUUUUCGAGCACACAAACCCUUUCACCGAAGUCGCAAAGGCCCGAAAAUUGCAGGCCUUUCAAGACAAUCAGGACGAGAUUCUCGACUUCGAAGACACCUACGAUGGGCUGGGCGAUCAACUCGAGGAGGCCGGCGACGACUUCAACGAUGACACCUUUGGCGGUGGCGCUGAGGGCGGAGCUGGUCAAGGCUCUGUGGGAAAGGAUUAUGACUUUUUUGGAAAAACGGCACAAGUCUCAAACGUGAUCAACGAGGAGCAAAUGCGCUACAACUUGCAACACCCUCACCAACCAGCUGCGGCCGCUCAACCGGCGAAGGCCAAAAAGACCGGCUAUGAGAAAUAUCAAGAUCCGGGUUAUAUUCCAGAUAUUCAGGCAAAAUCUGGGGCAUGGGGCUCAAAAUCAAGCACAACCGCUGCUCCGUCUGGCGAUAGCCGCAUCAGUACGGCUCGUAGCGCCGCUCCGGUCUGGUCCUCUGCUCCUGCACCCUCGCCCCCGCCCGCACAGAUCUCACAACCUCCAAUGAUGACUCUUGAACAGGUUGAGGCGGCCCUGCUGGCUGAAUCUCAAGCGAGACAAUCACAGCUUCCAUUCCCUCAGCCUCAGCCAUAUCCAUUUCCAGCUCAGCAGAUGCAACCGCAAUCUCCUCAGCAAUAUCAGCCCAGGGGACUUCCACCCGGCCUGUCAACCCAGCCUCAACCACAACCUCCUCCGGAUGGAUCUAGGAGCCACAAUCGCUUGCCCUCACAACCACGUGCGCCUCAGCAACCUCUACAGAUUCUUCAAAAUCCAAACAGGGCUCGCCAUUCGCCCCAACCCAGUCUCGACAGGUCUCAACCCAUUCCUCCGAUGGGACCUCAAGGUCCUGGUGCGUUGCCGAUCAUAACUCAUCCCCAACAGCUAAUGGAACUGUCUGAAGAACAGCGACGGGCGUAUCUUGAAGAAGACGCUAAAAGAGCAAAGAGGAAUCACAAGAUCUUCCUUCUUUCUAAGGGAAACGGCUUGAUGACUCCACAAGACAAGAACUUCAUCACUCGAAUUCAACUUCAGCAAUUAGUGGCGGCCACAGGGAGCUCGACGGAUCCAAAUCCUGAAGCUGCUCUUAAUGAAGACUUCUACUAUCAAGUCUACAGCCAAAUCCGUGGCGCCCCACGACAACACCCCACCCAACCACUCGGGCACUUUGCGCAGACUUAUCUGUUCCAGACUGGUACUCGCAUGGGCGGCAGGCGGCAACAGAUCAACGGAGACAACCACAUGCAGAGAAUGCAGCAACAAGUCCAGCGUGCUGUUGAAGCAGCCAAGCUCAAACCGAAGAAUAAGCAGUUGAUUAUCGAAGGGAGCUUGGGCAAAAUAUCAUUCAGCAAUGCGAAGACACCAAAGCCUUUGCUCAACAUCAAGAGACAAGAGGGCACUGACUCCCGGCCCACGAGUGCCAAAAAGGGAAGUGGCGUAAGUACAAGUGAUCGCAAAACGAUUUUGAAGAACAUCGAGGCGGUGUAUACCACCUUGAUGCGCAUGGAGGAUCACGAACGACAAAUGCCGCCUCCGCCCACCGAGGGCGAUGCCGACUCGAUUCAGGCACAUCUUGAAUGGCGACAAAAGCAAAUGGAGCUCGGCAAUACUCUAUGGCAAGAUUUAAAGGUCUUGGAUCCUAUAGUUCCAGGAUCGACCAUUCCCCAUCCCUUUAUUGCUUUCCUGUCAUUUGCCAAAGGCAAGAAAGCCAUUCCUCGUGUCUUCCACCAAAUUGACCAGGAUAAAAGACUCACCAUCCUGACAAUGAUUGUGGUGCACCUUGAUCAGCUUGAUGUGGUCAAGGACGCUCGCCCUGCCCCUGGUGAAUCACAACCUCCGCUAAUUGUGCGAGAAGAAAUCGAGCUAUUCUCGCAAGCCGUCCUGCCGUGCUUGUUAUCUCAUGUGAGCGAGGCACCUGUUAAUAUCAUCACCGGAUUGCUAGGGCUUCUCAUCGAUCACACCAGCAUCUCGGUUGUUGCGCACACCAAGAUUGGGCUUGGUAUGCUGACGAUGCUGUUGACCCGCGCGGAAUUGGUGAAGGAGGCUGGGUCAGUCACUGAUCAGGAUUGGCAGCAGUGGACCAUGUUAUACGCUCGCCUGUUUGACAUGCUGGAACCUCUUUUUGGCUCGCUAUUCCCUGGUCCGGUCAACACGGGCGAUGACAUGUACGUUUGGCAAUUCUUGGCUGCCAUCGGCAUAUGCGCCAGCCCCGACCAACAACAGAGGCUGGUUAUCGGUGUCAAAGACAGGGUCAUGGAGACAGUCCUUCAGAGCAAAACAUUGCCUCCCGAAAUGUCGAGUGUUCGAUUGGGGAAUGUUAACCUGUUUAUGAGAGCCAUCGGUCUUGACGUGGAGAUGCUAGGAUGA